AUGUCGAAGAAGGGUGGAGCCAAGAAGCCUGCUGCCGGGGGAGGUGGUGACGAGAAGCUCAAGCCGGCCUCGCAGGUCAAGUGCAGGCACAUCCUGUGCGAGAAGCAGUCCAAGAUUUUGGAGGCCAAGACCCGCAUUGACAACGGUGAGGACUUUGCCACCGUGGCCCGUGAGAUGUCGGAAGACAAGGCACGCCAGGGUGGCGACCUGGGCUGGUUUCCUCGCGGCCGGAUGGUAGGCGAUUUCGAGAAGGUGGCCUUCUCGCUCAAGAAGGGAGAGAUGAGCGCUCCCGUCAAGACCGCGCAUGGGUAUCAUCUCAUCAAGUGUGAGGACCGCAAGUGA